AUGGCCGAGAUGGACAACACUGCAUUUGAUCAUGUGCGUGAGGCAAUCCAGAAGCGCAGUGACGCCCUUUGGGUCAUGAACACGACCAUACAUAGCCAUCCCGAACUGGGCUACCAGGAGACGGUCGCGCAUGACACAAUCACACAAGUUUUGGAAGACGAGGGAUUCCAGGUGACGCGACAUGCCCACGGGCUGGCCACGUCGUUCGAGGCAGAGUACGGCUCUGGUGGACGCCUCGUCAUCUUCUGCGCAGAGUACGACGCUUUGCCAGACAUUGGCCAUGCCUGCGGCCACAAUCUCAUCGCCACCUCGUCCGUUACAGGGUUUCUCGCCCUCGCGGCGGCUCUCAAGGCGGCGUCCAACGUCAAAGGCCGGGUCCGCAUCCUCGGCACGCCAGCCGAAGAGGGCGGCGGCGGCAAGGUCAAGCUGCUCGAGGCCGGCGCGUUCCCAGACGAUACGGCGGCGGCCAUCAUGAUGCACCCCACAAGCGCACAUGUCAUCCCCCAGCCCAUCAGGGGCAUUGCGGGUGUCAAGUUCGUCGCCAGCCUCAAGCUACGGGUCCAGUUCCACGGACGGACCGCCCACGCCGGGGGCGCCCCCUGGAAUGGACGCAACGCCCUCGACGCUGCCGUUGCGGCCUACACGAGCGUUUCCAUGCUGCGACAGCAGAUCCACCCCGACGAGAGGAUCCACGGCGUGAUCGAGGAGGGCGGGACGUCGCCCAACGUGAUCCCAGCUUACACGCGAAUGAACUACUACAUUCGCAGCCCCACGGUCCAGCGAGGGGAGGAGUUGCUUGCCCGGGUCAAGGCAUGCUUUGAAGCAGCUGCUACGUCGACCGGCUGUACCGUGGACUACAUCAACGCGCCCACGUACAAGAACCUCCGGAUCAACAACACCCUCAGCAACGAGUACACCAAGCUCAUGGCCCAGCGGGGCGUCACCUUUAUCCCGCGUAGCGAGGAGCCCUUUACCUUCUCCACGGACAUGGGCAACGUGUCCUUUGCCGUACCCAGCUUCCACGGCGCCUUUGGUAUCUCCGGUUCAAACGGGGCGCUGCCGCACCAGCCUGACUUUCGUCUGGCUGCGGCGCUGCGCGAGUCCUUUGAUAUUGCGCUCUCAUGCGCGGAGGGCAUGGCGAUGCUAGGGUGGCGGGUGCUGACGGACGACGCGGUGGCAGCUGGCGCGAGGGAGGAUUUCGUCGAGUGA